AUCCAGUGUAGGAAUGAACAUCACAAGUGCUAUAAUGGCAUCAGUUGGUGUUAUCCUGUACUUGGGCGAGAUGAUCACCAACGCUAUUCCUGUAUAUAACCCUACAGUUACAAUCAGUGUCGGUUAUGGCUUCGCCAUUGUGCUGUUGUUGUUGAGCCUGCUGGAAUUUUGCAUCGCUGUUUCAUUGGCUCAUUUCGGCUGCCAGGCCACUUGCCGUAGUGAUGCCCAGCCAACCAUGGUUUUUAUGCCUUACCAAGUCAUCGGAGGUGGAGAAGUUGCAGCUGAACCAAAUCCUCUUCCUCCUCCUCCGACUUAUGAUAAUGUGAUUACCAAAUCUCAGUAAAACAAGAACACCAGGAAGAAAAUACGAGAAUUGUUAGCAACAAAGGUUUCAGGAACAGCAAUGGCAUUUCAUAUUACUUUAUUUUGUCCUCCAGCUUGCUUGUUUAUUUUUCAAUUAAACAUCAAAUUAAAUGGUGGCAAAUUUAAAAGUUGUUCGAUUUUACUUAAUAGUUGUAACAUUUCCUUAGAAACAAGAAUUCAUCGGCAUAUUCAUGAGGAAGUACACUCCCUGCAGUGGAUGAUGGAGGCUGUUUAUUACUCUCUUUUUUUACUCUCUUUUACUCUGGAUGAUGUUUGUUUUUUAUGACAAAUAUGGAAUCAAAUAG